AUGUCCGGCUUGCCAUGUCGGCCUCGGACAACACCCUCUAGUGCCCGAACCCCCAUAUCGGAGACUUCUAAAAACCAUACCACCAAUGUAACCUUGAGUCCUGGAGUUCAGUGGUGGGUGUAUGGAGGAGAUAGAGGAUCCCUCAGGCCCCCUCUGCAAUCCUUCCGCAGCCCGCGACGUCCCCGCGGGCUCGGUAGCCCGGGUUACCCCCGGUUGCUUGCUCGAAUUUAUUUGAAAGCCGAGCUGAGACUGACCUGUGCUGGGAGAGCAGAGGGAAGGAGCAAGAGAGGGAGGGGGCUGCUGUCUGUGAGAACACCGGCUCUUGCUGGGAAGUGGAGCGGGACUGCCGCGUUCCUCUCGAUUUGCACGGUCACUCGGGCUGUUUGGAAGGAAGUGGGGAGGCGCUGUGCUUGUUGUACCUGGAUCUCGGUGCACAAGUGUGUACGUGUGCCUGUGCGGCUCUGUACUGAGAACUUUCUGGGAAUCGACGGGAUUUUCCUGGCUGCGAUUUGUGCUGCCUGUAUCCGAAUAAAUCCAGGUCGCAGGCAAACGGCGCCUGGUUCGCCUGUACGCAGUCUCUUCGGCCCAGCGCGGGACGCGAAGUGGCUCCUUGGUGUUCGUGCGGCAGCAAGUCCGGCUUUUUCGCAAGGCUGGACUCUCAGCGCCCUCAGACCGAGCGGCCCCUCGCUGCCCCGCAGUGCCUGGCAGUCCCCACCUCUGGCCGUGCUUCGGGAACCGCCGGGCUGAGUCUGCCCGCGGCGAAAACUGAAAGCAAAUACGGCGGCAGAUGGAGUCUGAACUUUCUUCGACGCAAGUUUGCAGAGAUUUGGUGGCAGCUUUGUGAAGACAGCGUGCUAUUGUGUACACGCGCAAGGUGGGGCUUUAGGAGAGGGGGGCACCGGGCGGCCGAGCCUGGCCCGAGGCGAAACGCCAGGAAGGGCGCCUCCCCUUCCUUAUAUCUCGCCAACUCGUCGGCGCCUGUCCGUAAAAUAGUUUCCAGGGUGCAGCAGACGCCCGGGAUGUAUUUGUGGGGGGUAGCACCAGGGAGGAACUGGCUUUGUAAAAGUUGCAUAAAGAGCUUUGCCCAGAAGCGUCCGUCCAGCCGGGCUCAAGAAAGCCAGGGACCAUCUCAACUUCCCAGAGGCGGAAUGGCCAGACAUUGGCUUGGGCAGCCCCCCAGCUCAGUUCUCUCCCCUCACUUUGAGCCCGCGCGUAAAUAACCUCCCGCCGCCUGCGCUGAAACUUCCUGGAGCGGCGCCGCGGCUGGAGAGAGAGGCCUGGAUACAGAGCCGGCCCGCAAGGCCGUUCCUCCGCGCGCUCAGCCCCAGCCCCGAGAGUGGCAGGCGGGGAGGUGAGAGGACCGGUGUGGUUCCCGCUCCCACUUGUCUGCUCAGACCAUCGCCGCCGAGCUCCCAACUCCUGGGAGCGGUCGCUUCCCCCCCGGGAGCAGUGGUCUUGAGCGGUUGGCAAGGGCGCAAAGUGCGCGCGGGGAGCGGCGCGCAGGGAAGGGGGGCUGCCGCGGGUCUCUCCACGGGGCCUGUCGCCGGGCCGGCCGCGGCGGGUGAGUGAUGAGGGCAGAGAAGGGCGCCCAUAAAUCGCGGGUGUCAGGGCGAAAAACUCUCUUUAUUGUCUCCGUGAUGGAUGGGCCCGGGGACGAGACACCAAAUACUUCGUAUCGCCUUUAAAUGGGAACACAUUUUCCGCGGCCAUAAUUCAUGUUUUUUAAAUAGAAAGUUUGAAAUGUUGCCUAUAUUUCACAGGCCCUGACAUAUUUAUGAAUCGCUCCCUGCAUGCAAAUAUCAUUAUUUAAAGCGCCGGGGAGAGCUCGGGGGAGGGGAGGAGACGCGGCCCCCGGGGUGUGGGGGUGGUGAACCGGGGAAAUGCCUAUGGGGUGGGGUUUGUAUUUGCUUAAACUGCGGACGCGGUGCGGGGGAAAGCCGUAUCUAGAAACCUAGUGCACCGAGGGCUCCCCUUCCGGACCCCGCACUACGAUUCCGGGAAGUAUGAGCAGCUUGGGGCUGACGACAGGUCCUCGGUCCCUGCCGGGAGACCAGGGGGCAUUUUUCGUCCCUCUCCGAGGCCCUGAUCCGAGCCGAAGCCACCUUUUUAAAGAAGGAAGUAAAAAUAAAAAGAAUUUAACAAAUGCUAACAAUAAUAA